AUACAGGAAGAGGGGCUGAAUGUGCCCAAAGCUGCCAAAAAGCGUAUGAUCCCAAGAAGCAGUGACUACGUUUUAUUGAAAGAGUUUAAUACGGGUAAUGGAGAUGUUCUUCCUGGAAGGUCAUCAAAGAAAAAAGCCAAUAGAGGAACACCAAAGUUUCUGCCGCAGCAUACGGAAUUUCUUAUA